AUGGCGCCCAUCAUUGAUCCUCAAGAAAGCCUUAUGGCUUUCCGCCAACGCCUCGAUGGAGUUGCUAUAUUCACAUACAUCCUCAUCAUGCUUCUCGUCCCCCUGAAGAUCUGGUGCCGCUACCGUCACCGGGGAUGGCGCAACGUGCAAUGGGACGACUACAUGUCGAUAGUCGCUUUGGCCCUCGCGAACGGCUUCUUUUACGUGUGCAUAAUCGGUAUGCGAGACUCGCUGGGUCUACACAUCUACGAGAUUGAAAAUCCACUUCAAAUAAUAGCUUUCUUGAAGAACAUCUAUGUAGGGAACAUACUCUACACACUGUGUAUCACGUCAGUGAAACUCUCUGUACUAGCCUUCUAUUGGCGUCUAUUCGAAAUCAAGGCUCGUAUCACCAUCUACAUCGUCACUGCUGCGGCAAUCGCCUGGUGUACUUCCAUCUUGCUCUGCGUCAUUUUUAACUGCAUACCCGUCCAAGCCGCCUGGGAUGUCACCAUAACAGGUGCAAAAUGCAUUUCCAUCCGAGCCAUAUACCUCGGCGGUUCUGUCCCCAACGUCUGCCUCGACCUGGUCAUUGUCCUCAUGCCCCUGCCACACGUGUGGCGCCUGCACGCGCCCCUUGCGCAGCGCAUUGUGCUCGCCGGCAUGUUCGCCCUCGGCACCUUCAUCGCCGUCGUGUCGCUCGUGCGCCUCAUUAUCUUUCUACAAAUUCCCAUCGCCACGCAGGGCGAUGUGACAUACAACUUCCGCGAGAUCAUCGUGUGGUCGAUUGUUGAGGUCAACAUUGGCCUGGCAUGUGCUUGCCUGCCAAGUCUGAAGCCCGUGUUCCAGGCAGUAGGAUUGAGCAAACUCUUCUCUUUCUCGUCAUCAAGACCUUCCGAUGUCGAAUCACAAGGACCGGCGCAUCAGUUUGCAUCAGGUGGCUCGUCGGGCUCUCGGCCACGCAAGAAGGGCGCAACGGGUGGUUUGUUCUCCACACUGGCCGGAAUCAGCAGAAUGGACGAUGAAGAGGAGACUAAAUUUGUCACCGAAGACUUGGGUAAAAACAAUGUCGACAUUGAGCUAGCGCGUGUGAGCGAAGAUAGCGAGCAAAGAAACGCCGCGGGUGGCAUCAAUGUGCAAAAGAAUUGGAGUGUAUUGGUCGAUGAGAGGAAACCUGCGCGGUAA